UUUUUUCGUUGAUUUGAAAGGGGUAAAGUGUAAACACGUAUUUUCCAUUCUAUUAUCGCCCCCAAAUCAUCUUCAUCUUCGUCUAACCCCAAUCCAGUUCGAAAAAUCGUCGACAAGUUUUUUGUUUUUUAUUAUUUUCAUUGAUUUCAGAUUCCCAAUUCUUUCAUCGUCCCCCAAUCGACACAAUCUUAACCCAAAGGAACGAACAGAAGCGGAAGUACAGGGUUUAUCUGAUUCUGAAGUUUAGCUGUAUGCGAGUAAGUUAGGUCUCAGUUGACAGAAAUUGAAAUCUCAAAUCAAGUUGAAGUGUAUAAAUUUGGCUUCAACACAUUCUGGAAGAAAUUCGCAAACUAACUGGAUAUUCAUUCCUCUAAAGACUUGACUAAUUUAGCAGGGCAGCAACUUAGUUGUAUAUAGUUUUAAACACACGUUACCUUGAUUAAGCUGUUUGAGGUAAGAAUUGUAUUGAACAUUUGUUGGUCAUCUUUGAUUGAGUAGUCUUUGUAUAUCUUUAUGUUUUGUAGCAGGGAUCUGUGUCCUUAUUAUAGAAGCUGCUCAAGGUCCUAUUCGCUGGGGAUCAUAUUAGCAGAUUCUCUAACCUAACUCUAUCAGAUUCAACUUCAGCACAUUCUGGGACAAUUUUGCAUUCUAACUGGAUAUUGGUUCCUCUAAAGACUUGAUUAAGGUACAAUUGGAGUGCAUAAACGAAGAUACGUUAUUGGAGGUUAAUUGGUGGUCUUUUGGUGGUUUUGGUGCAUGUUGGCAGGUGCAUCGCACUUGUGUCUUUGCUAGUCUUGAUAAAAGAAAUAUGGCGAAUGAUGAUUCGACUUCUUCAAAUUCACGUAUUCAAAUGGUUCAUAUUUCCCUCUUCCUUUUUAUCUUCAACAACAGCAACAACAACAACCUGAUCCAAUGGCUGCCUAUCAAUACCCUAAUUCACAUAUCCCUCCAACACCUACUUAUCAAAUCCCUGCUCCCGCACCAUCUAAAAUUCUAAUGCCUCCACCUAUGCAUCCUUCUGUUUAUGCUACUCCUGCCCCAGCAACCACUGGUUAUACAUUGCCACAAUAUCAACAGGCUCAACAAUUGUUCCAGAGAGAUGCACUGUCAAUUACACCAGAAGCACUAGAAAGUGUAAAAGCUGCAUUAGCAAGCAGUGAAAUUGAACACAAAGCAGAGACGAAAAGGAGAGCAAUUCCUCGUAAAGCUGCUGGACAGACAUGGGAGGAUCCAACACUUGCUGAGUGGCCAGAAAAUGAUUAUCGCUUAUUUUGUGGGGAUCUCGGGAAUGAAGUGAAUGAUGAGGUGCUUUCGAAAGCCUUUACAAGAUUUCCUACCUUUAACAUGGCAAGAGUUGUCAGAGAUAAGAGGACCAGAAAGACUCGAGGUUUUGGAUUUGUUAGUUUUGGUUAUCCUUUAGACCUUGCCGCUGCCUUGAAAGAAAUGAAUGGCAAGUAUGUCGGAAAUCGUCCUAUAAAAUUGCGGAAGAGCAGCUGGAAGGAGAGGACAGAUAUGGAGGCCUUGGAAAAACAGAAGCACCAAUCUUAUAAGAAGCAAAAGCAAUCAAAGAAGAGUGUCCUACACAAGUGAAUCUGCAACAAGUAGACCACUGUUUCAAACUUCCUCUUCAUUUUUCUUGCAGCUCUUUUGGUCCUACCGCAUUCCAUUUUGAACAUUAAUCCCACAUGGGACUGACAUGAUUAACGUGUAUAUUGUAAGGUUCACAGCAACCCAUAGUUUUAAAUGAUAAUCAUAGAAAAUAAGACUUCAAGACUUU